AUGCGAUGGUUGACUUUUGUUAUCGGACCGUCGGACGGCGUGCACGUGUUGAUCGAUCGUUGCGCGAGCGCUUCGUCAAUUGAAUUGCAAUUUUGUGCUACCUGUGUUGUGUUGGGAUUAACUGAUCGUGUUCCUCGAUGCAGUUCGGCACGCGAGUGCCGUUUACCGUGGAGCUCUCACCGUCGCCAUACCACCCAAAAUGACCAGCCAACCCUUCAGAAGGAAGCCUUUUAA